AUGCGUCCGUUUGAUCUCGUUCUCUUUUCGCUUGCGGCAUCUGCUGCACCUAUCGAUGGCACCAACCCCGAAUUCACUUGCAACGGGGAUGUGUGCUACCUUCCUCCACCCAAGCCCGUUGAGCCCACAUACUUCCUAGAGAAUGGAGAACAGGUCCCUGACAUCUCCCAUUUCCCUCCACCGCCUCGUCCCACCCCAACGAAUAGUGAAGAAGCAAAGCCCCCCACCGACCUGAGCGGUAGCGGUGGUUCUGGAAGCUCUGUAGGCUCUAUCGCCGGCGGUAUUAUUGGAGCUGGCACCGCUCUCGGUGGUGUUCUAGGCGCUGCUGGUAGUGCUGGUAGUGCUGCCAGCGGAGCCCUUGGUGGUGUUGGUGCCGCGGGGGCUGCAGGGGCUGCAGGAAGUCCUGAAGCACCCGGAAAUGCUGGAAGCGCUGGUGAUACUGCGUCGACAGGCGCCACUGGUGCGGCCGGUGCAGAUGGAGUCAGCUACGGAACCUUCGAGGGCGAUGUCAGCGAGCUUCCUCCACCGAAGAAGCCCGUCGAAACCUAUUUUGAUGAGAAUUUACAGGAAAUCCCUGGCCCCAAUGGGGAUGAAAGAACGUUCGAGUUGAACGUCCACGGAGAGGGAGAAGGCGCAUUGAACGAUGGCGGCAAUCCUGGAAGAGGAGGACGGCCUGGACCGUCCAGAGCUGGGCCUUCCCAAUCCCGCGGUAUCAACUUGAAUGACUUCCGGGACAGUGAUAAAUCCAUUGCACGGCAUUAUCUGCAGUCCGAGAACUCACCUCAUGUCAAGCCAUUCGACGGUGGUAGAACCCCCGACGAAAAAAGGCUAUUCGCUAGCGUGAGGGAAAGGUAUACCAACCUCAAAGAGGUCAAAGCGACCAGUGAUAAGGAGGGUAACUUUGCGGCCAGAGAUAGAGGUCGUUAUCGUUAUAUUGCUGGAACCAAAGAUGGCAAGGAAGUGCUGGUUGGAAUUGCGGAACACGGCACCAACAGCAACAACUUUGUUAACUUCACACCCUUCUCUAAGCCACAAUAG